AUGGCCACUGAAGAAGCAGUUUUGGCAGUCGUGACCGCUCCGGAGCCGGCGACAACUGAACCGGCCACAGAUGACAAGCCAGCGGCGAAGUCCGGAAAGUCGAAGAAGGUGAAAGAGCCUAAAGCUAAGAAACCCGCCGCUCCAAAGAAAUCCAAAAUCUCUCCUUCUCAUCCACCCUACUUCGAGAUGAUUCAAGAGGCGAUUGUGACUUUGAAAGAGAAGACUGGAUCGAGUCAGUAUGCGAUUGCGAAGUUCACCGAAGAGAAGCACAAGAACCUUGCACCCAACUUCAAAAAGUUGUUGUUGACUCAAUUGAAGAAGUUUGUCGCCGCUGGUAAGAUCGUGAAGGUCAAGGGCUCGUUCAAGCUUCCAGUGACUAGGCCUUCUGUUCCCAAAGUCUCCACCGCCCCUGCGAAGAAGAAGGUGACUCCGGCAGCAAAACCCAAGGCUGCAAAGCCCACAAACGUGAAAAAAGCUCCUGCUAAAUCAAAAGCUUCUCCNGUGACUAGGCCUUCUGUUCCCAAAGUCUCCACCGCCCCUGCGAAGAAGAAGGUGACCCCGGCAGCAAAACCCAAGGCUGCAAAGCCCACAAACGUGAAAAAAGCUCCUGCUAAAUCAAAAGCUUCUCCUCCGAAGGCUAAAGCUGCUGUUAAGCCAAAGCCAGCUGCGAAAGCCAAACCGACUUCUAAGCCGAAGUCUACUGUGAUAAAGCCAAAGCCCGCAGCCAGGACAAAAGCUGCUGCGAAGCCAGGGGCGAUGACAAAGCCGAAGCCAAAGGCGACGCCGGCUAAGGUUGCGAGGACUUCGACUCGGACAUCUCCGGGGAAGAGAGCCGCCGCUCCUAAGCCGGCGCCAAAGAAAGCAGCCGUGAAGAAGGCUCCGGCGAAGAGCGUGAAGCCGAAGACAGUGAAGNCGCCGCUCCUAAGCCGGCGCCAAAGAAAGCAGCCGUGA